GCAGCCUCUAGUCAUACCUCUAAAUCAGUGGAAGCAAUGACUAAACACAUUCAAAAGAGGAGUCUAGAUGUUAAAUUUGAUCUGGAAGGAACAAAAUAUAACCCAAUAGAAAAUAUCGGCAUCGGUGCAUAUGGUGUAGUAUGUUCUGCUAUUCAUAAAAAAUCAAAAGAUAAAGUGGCCAUUAAGAAAAUUCCUAAUGUUUUUGACGUGUUGGUCAUAGCUAAACGAACUCAUCGUGAAAUAAAGAUAUUAAAACAUUUUAAACAUGAUAAUAUUAUCAGUAUACGAGAGAUAUUAAAACCAAAAGAGGAUUAUAAAGAUUUUCGUGACAUUUAUGUUGUUUUUGAUUUAAUGGAAAGUGAUUUACAUAAAAUAAUUUAUUCUGAUCAAGAGUUAAGUGAGGAACAUUCAAGAUAUUUUUUGUAUCAGAUAUUACGAGGAUUGAAAUAUAUACAUUCAGCUAAUGUUGUUCAUAGAGACUUGAAACCUGGUAAUAUUUUAGUCAAUGAAGAUUGUCACGUGAGAGUUGGAGAUUUUGGUAUGUCACGAGGUAUAUUUGCCUCCCCGAAUGAACCAUCUCAUUUUAUGACCCAGUAUGUAGCUACAAGAUGGUACCGAGCACCUGAAAUAUUACUAUCACUAGUAGAAUAUGGUACAGCUGUUGAUAUGUGGUCUGUAGGUUGUAUCUUUGCUGAAAUGUUGGGCAGAAAACAUUUAUUUCCAGGAAAAGAUUAUAUAUCACAGAUUAAGUUAAUUAUAGGAGUUUUGGGUUCACCGUCUGCUCAAGUUUUUACUAAAUGUCAAAAUGAAGUCAUAAAGAAGAUACUAGUUACUAUUGGACCUAAAGAAGCCAUACCAUGGAAGACCUUAUUUCCUAAAGCUAGUAAGAAGGCCAUAGAUUUGCUGAGUAAAAUGUUGGUGAUAAACCCUAAAGAAAGAAUAACAGUUGUAGAUGCUUUAAAACAUCCUUACCUCCAGAAAUACCAUGAUCCAGAUGAUGAACCUAUAUGUGUUCCUGCUUUUAAUUUUGAUUUUGAAAAAGAGUUUAUGGAUAAAGAGAAGUUAAGAGAUGUAAUUUACAAAGAAAUUAUGGAAUUUCAUAAACCACGA